CCCCCAGCACCCCCAGCACCCCCUCUUUAACCAUCUUCUCCUUGGUUAUCCCCCCCACGUUAACCAACCGUAUGUCCAACCUGCACGGCGGCGCGGCCUCCUUGAUCUUCGACGUAUGCACAACCUGCGCGCUCGUUCCCUACGCGCGGCGCGGGUUCUGGCAGUUCGCCGGCGUGACGCGGAGUCUGAACGUUUCCUACCUGCGGCCGGCGAAAUUGGGGCAAAAGGUGGAGGUCAGGUGCGAGGUUGUUAGUAUUGGAAAACGGUUGGCGACUGUGAGGGGGGAGAUAUGGGGGGAGGUCGAGGGGGACAAGGGGAAAGAGGUGGAGGGGGGACAAAAGAGGCUCAUGGUGUGUGAGCAUCUCAAAGUCGGGAUUGAUCCGCCUGUUAGGGGGGAGGGGGCGAAGUUGUAGUGGUGGGGAGGGUGGUGGAGGUGGUACAUAUGGGAAGGAGAUGAUGAACGAGAAGAGGGU